AUGCUUGAGGAGGAUUUAGAUAAAUUAGAAAUGAGAUUUUUUUCCCAGGUGAAGGCAGAUUGUAUACGUAAUGUAUCAAUAAUUGCUCACGUUGAUCAUGGCAAAACAAGUUUAGCAGAUUGUCUUAUAUCAUCAAACGGUUUGAUAUCAGCAAGAAUGGCUGGAAAAAUGCGAUAUUUGGAUAAUAGAGAAGAUGAACAGAUACGAGGAAUCACAAUGAAAACUUCUGUAAUUUCUCUUUUAUAUAAAUCAAUUAUUGUGAAUUUGAUUGAUAGCCCUGGCCAUGUUGAUUUUUCGGGUGAAGUAUCAGCUGCAUUAUUUAUAUCCGACGUUGCUUUACUUCUUAUUGAUGUCGUUGAAGGCAUUUGUUCUCAAACUGAAUUUUUGUUGCGGCAAUCAAUUAGGUUAAAUUUGGAUUUAAUAUUAGUUUUUAACAAGUUUGAUCGUCUCUUUGUUGAAUUAAAGAAAACGACAGCUGAAGCAUAUUCUUAUAUUCACCGUUUAAUGGAACAGGUAAAUAGCUGUAUCAGUCAAAUUAUUAGUGGAACUCUGGUUGAACUCGAAAACUGGAAAAAUAUGGAUGAAACCGAACAGUCGCAUUAUUUUUCUUUUGAUAAUGAUAAUGUAGUUUUUGCUUCAGCGCUUCAUGGUUAUGGUUUCUCUUUAACGGAUUUUGCUACUAUUUGGUCACCUAAGCUAAAUAUUCCUGUCGACGAAUUGAGAAAAAAUCUUUUCACUAAUUGUUACAUUUCAAAAGGAAAGAUUAAACCAAAUGCCUCUCAAAAUGGGAAAAAAAAUAUCUUUGAACAACUUGUGCUUCAGCCAUUAUGGGAAAUUCAUAAAUGUGGUCUUAUCGAUAAUGAUUUGGAUAAAUUAAAAAUGUUCGCCUCGAAAAUGGAUAUUAAAUUGAAAAGCAAAAGAAUAGUUGAGGCAUUUGAUGAAUUUAUGCGUAACUGGAUACCACUGAGUAAUGCAUGUUUUCAUGCUAUUCAACAGUCUCAGUCACCUUUAACAUCUUUUACACGUCCAAAUCGCUUGUCUUCUAUUGGCAUUAAUACCGGAAAUAAGUUAUGCAAAGCAAUUAGUUCAUGUGAUGAAAAUGAUAUCGCAGUUGUAUUUGUCGCCAAAAUUUUAUCUCAUGGUGAAAACAUAUUGGCGAUAUGUCGAAUACUUUCUGGUUCUGUUAAAAUAGGGGAUAAUUUAUUUAUAAUAGGUGAUCGUCGAAAAGUGCAUUCGAAUGAAAGAAUAGAUACCAAAAUCAACGGUAUAUUUAUGCUUACGAGUCGUGAAAAAUUUCCUGCAACUCAAGCAAGAGCUGGUAUAGUAUGUGCCUUAGAAAUUGAGGGUCAGUCGUUUGCCUCAGUUUUGUGCAGUGAAUAUAUUGAAGAAAGUAUUAAACUUCCGCAUGAAAUCGAUCCAUUGGUGCGUGUAUUGUUGCAUUCAGAAGGUACAACUGAUGAAUGGAAUGAGCUGCGUGAAAAACUUAGACAUCUUUGUGCUUUAGAUUCCAGCAUUCGAGUUAUUGAACAAAAAACUGGAGAAUUGGCUCUUUUAGCUGCAGGUGAAGUGCAUUUGCAAAAAUGCUUAACGGAUCUGUUUGAUAUGGGUCAAACGAAUGUGAAAGUAUCGGAACCAACUGUUUCUUUCAUGGAAACUAUUAUUCCUUCAAACUCCAAUGUGUCACUCGAUAACCAGAUUGUUAAUUGUAAUAUACGUGGUGAUAUCUUAACUAUUGCGUUGCGAGCAGUUCCUCUACCUUUGGAGUUCACUAAAUUGUUGGAGAGAACUACUGAAACUUUACGCGAUUUGCGGCAAGGUUUAUUUGAGACGAAAGAAGUCCAGCUAUUUCGUCAAAAACUAUUAUCUGAAGGUGUAAAAUGGUUGAAAGCGCUAAGAGGAACAUGGUGGAGCCGUCAAAGUGAACAGUUUUUGAGAUUAUUAGUGGAAAGAAUAUGGGCUUUUGGUCCUCCUCAAGCGAUGUGUAAUGUUUUAUUUAACGCCGUGACAGAAUACGAUCGACCAUUAAUUUGGGAAUCAAAUUUCAUUGGUGAUAAAAGUGAACAAACGUAUUAUCAAUUAUUCGAUCAAUCAAUCAGAACAGGUUUCGAUUUGGCUGUUUUAGCUGGUCCAUUAUGUGAAGAACCAAUGUGGGGUGUAGCUAUUGUUGUAGAAUCUUGGACUUGUAAAGGAUAUGAUGAUCCAGGGUUAUCUGGUUCUUUAAUUACUGCAAUGAAAAAUUCAUGCAGAGCUGCAUUAAAUAAGCAGUCACUGAGGCUAAUGUCGGCGAUGUAUAAAUGCAACAUUCAGACCAACAGUAAUGCACUCGGCAAAGUACAUGCAGUUCUCUCACAAAGACAAGCAAGGAUAACUCAUGAAGAUGUGAAUCAAGCAACUGGAUUGUUUGUGGUUGAAGCAUUUCUUCCCAUCAUCGAAAGUUUUUCAUUUUGUGAACAGUUGAGGAAAAAAACGAGUGGACUCGCAUUAGGACAACUAGAAUUUUCACACUGGGAAAUAUUGCCGGAAGAUCCUUUCUGGGAACCAACAACCGAGGAUGAGGUUGAGUUAUAUGGUGUAAAAGCAGAUUCGUUGAACAAAGUUCGUACUUACGUCGAUUCAUUACGGAAGCGGAAAGGUCUGCUUAUCGAUGAACCAAUUGUUUUGAAUGCCAAUAAACAGAGAAACCUAAAACGAAACCGAUAA